UGCUGAGAACAUGAAGAUGAAUCGUGUGGUUUUGGUCCUGGGCUUCGUCCUGAUCAUGGGGCUCUACUCAGAUGCUGUUGAAGCUUCUCAAGACCCCAAAGAAUGCUGUUUUGAGUUUUUCACUGGCAAAAUUCCUCCUGAAAAGAUCCUGAAGGUUAAAAAGACAGACCCACGCUGUCCACAGCAAGGCUUCAUUGUUACUACUACUAAGCUCCACAGACUGUGUGUUCAUACAGUUGCCAUCGAAUGA